ACCAGAUAAUCGAAGCGCCGGACUGGGAUGAUGGCUUUGGAGGCUGCGAGAAUGAUUUCGGGAAAUCUAUGGGCCAGAGGUUGCUCCAUUGGGGCCCGCUAACUGCCAUUGGCAUAACAUUGAUUAUUGGUAUCGCCACAACGUAUCUGCAUCUGCUGUGGUGGCCGCCAACAACAUUUGCUGCAUUUCUUCACCUUUCAUUUUUCUUAUUCUUCAACUAUCUCAGUCUGGUGAACCUGGUGCGAUCAGCAUUCUUUGGACCAGGCUAUGUUCCGAACAACUGGAAACCACCCAGACCGGAGGAUGAACCAAGGCUGCAAUAUUGUCGGUCGUGUGGCGGGUUCAAAGUGCCACGAUCGCAUCACUGUUCGAAGUGUGGUCGUUGUAUCUUGAAAAUGGAUCAUCACUGCCGUUCGUUGCACUUAUUUUUACGCAUAAAAUUGAAAAUACAUUUUGAUUUUCAAACAUGGAUAAAUAACUGUGUUGGGCAUCGAAAUCAUGCGUUAUUUGUACGAUUUCUUGCUGCUUCCACAGCCGGUUGCAUUCAUGCUGUUGUAAUAAUACUAUGUGGAUUAUAUCGCCUUUUAUACAGGGUUCGUAAUAUCUUUUUUGAAAUUGUUUCUGAGUAAUC